CCAGGAUAACGAAACAUGACACUUAAAACACGAAUACCAUGACGAAUACGUUACAGGUGGAUAAAUUAUUGACUGGAGCAUAUGAGGACGGAAGAGGAGUUGGAAAAAGGCUGCCAGCGCGCCACCCUUGCCUUGGCGGGCGAGAGCAACAGCCAGGCACAUGUUAUCGAGAAGGGCUGGUGCAUGUCAAGAUAUGGUCCAAAAUCAAAGAAACAAAGGACAAUGAUGGAAAGAGAAGUGACGCAUGCGCAUAGACACAUUGGAGAGGGAAGUGAGCGAAUGGAAGUGGUGGCGGGGCUGCGGGGCGACCCUGAUCAGGACGACGACCAGAAGAAAAUGGAGGACCCACAACCCCUCAGUACUGAUAUAUGUAUAGGCCAAAAACUCGUAGUGACGGUGGAAGAUGCCAAUCCCGACCUGCUCCUUGUCUCCUAUGAACAUGGCACUCGACUAUUUCAGGGAGUUUUGCUCGAUUCAACGAAAGGGAGGGUCCCAUGUGGUGUGUACCCACCAGGAGGGCAGUUCCCUCCCCCACCCCCAACUGAUGCCGCCCAGCCUCUUGAAGGUGAAGACAAACUGUUCUCAGUGCGGCAGCGACACACUUACUUCCAGCAGGACACUAUGGCCCCGGGUGACCCGGGGGCCAAGGCCAAAAAGGGUCUUCAGCUGAGACAGUCAAUAUCUCUGACGCAACGAUUCAAAAAUUCCCGAAUGACUGUGCGGUUAAGGCCGAGACAAGUGUUGUGUUCCAAGUGCCAGUCUAUCUGUAAUGAAAAAUCAGAAAAUGUGAGUGGGGCAAAGGGGCAGCGAGCCACUGAACCUCCGGCUGCUGCCAAGCCGGUGGCUGAGCCUCGCAGCAGAAGCUUGCGGGACAGAAAUAGUCAAGAACACCAAGCUGCUUCUUCCUCUAAAAAGUCGGCAGACAGACGUUUGGUGCCUAAAUUAGUGAAACUUAAGCCAAGUGAAAUAGAAGCUGCAACCAAUAAGGGUGUCAGCUGCUUACGGAAAAACUCAGGAAGCAGAAAUUCACGUAAUAAUUGUGAUGCAGAAGUUGAAGAUGGUGAGGUGGUUGUAGGCACAGCAGCUGCAUACUCUGUGUCUGGUACUGACCUGGCACCAGAUGGAAGAGUGCCAAAAUUGAAACUCUACACCAACUUGUGUUUAUCAGACUCGAGUGAUACCAAGCGGAAAGGCCGCAUUCCAAAAAUGACUAUAUCGCUACCCCCGAGUGAAAGCUCUAAAGAAUUUGUGGAAAAUGAAAGUGGUGAAGUGAAAAACCAAGGGAUACCAAAAAUGAUUCUCUCCACAGUGGGUCGUGUGGGAGAGUCUGGUGGUGAGAAGAAAGAUAAGGAGGGCAGCAGUAAGAACAGGAAACUAAAUGAAUCAAGUGAAUCUCAGAUGGACAGUAAAGAGCUCAGGUUAAGGUCAGGCAAUGUGCACAAGCUGACAAUUUCCGCAGCAGCAGCGCAUCAAGAGUUUGGGGAGAGUGCUGAAGAUCGCGUGUCCUCCCUGCCAAAGCUAACAAUUCUUCCAGUAGUCCCAAAGAAAGAUGAGCAAGAGGAGAUGGAGGGUGGGGAUGCCAAACACCAUAAAUUAGGUAAGUUUUCCAUGGAUGACCUGCAGCCAGAGAAAAUGAGUUUAAGGAAAAAGAGAUCCUUGGGUUCCAUGGAGGACUUGUGGGAUGAAAGUGUGUUUGAUGAGGCAUCUAAAAAGCACAAGAGAGAGGAGACGGAGGGUGGCGGAGCAGAGAGGGAUGACAGCCAGUGCCAGAUGACAGGGGAGGACAAAGAAGGGCCAGAGGAGGACAAGAGGAAAGCAACACCAGUCCUCAAGAUAUCCUUUGGUCCUGAGGGGAAGGGUACUGUACUCAAGAUUCCCUCCAAGAGUACUGUGGUGACCAUCAACACAUCUGAGGGGGACACAGAGGAGGAGAUGAACAAGAAAUAUAAAGACAUGAGUGCCAAAGCUGCCAAAAAAGCAUUGAAGAAAGCCAAGAAGGAGGCGCAGAAGAAGACAGUGCUUGGUGGGGCGUCACCAGCCUACAUGGUGGGGGGAAUAUCUCCAAGGUUUGGGGGAAUGUCACCUCUGAGGCUUGGGGGAAUGUCUCCAGCCAGACUUGGGGGAUUCUCUCCUGCAAGGUUUGGUGGCACCUCCCCUGCUCGGUUUGGUGGAAUGUCCCCGGCCAGAGCAGCAGCUGUUGACCUCUCCACACGAGACUUGCCUCCCAAGAAGCACAAACACAAAGUGAAGCAUAAAAAGAAGCACAAAGAUGAGCGCCGCCACAAGUCACCAGAUGAAAUGAAGGACCAGGUGGAGGUGCAGGAUGAACAAAAGGACACAGUUGUACUUGACUCUGCUGAUGCAGACAUUCCUGUUGAGAACAUCACCCCUGAACUACAGUGGAAUUCCUCAGAGAGAGCAGAGUAUCCUGCCACCACAUCACCUCACGGCCUGAACCAUCCCCCAAUAGUCAACUCCCAAGCAGCAGUGGCCAGUCCAGGCAUCCCCCUUCAGCCCUCACGACACAAGCUCUCUAUCUCCAUCAAGAGAGUGAGCAACGCAAGCUAUGUGGCAUGUGAUUCGAGCCACUCAGAUGGGGAGAGGACCUCCACCCCUACCAACCUCAUGCACUUCAGUGAAGAAGAACCAACAGACAAGCCACAUGAGGCAGAUGGUUUCCAGGACCCCACCCUCACUCUCACCACAGAGACAGAUGAGUAUGGGAAGCUGGCACCGCUGGAGAUGCCGGAGUCUUACAAGGUGGAGGGUGCCAGGCUGGACCACCCGGCACUGGAGGCACAAGAUGAACAAAAUCAGCAGCUGUUACCAACGUCAUUUGGGAUGGAGACGCCUGAACCUUCCCUCCCCGGCAGUGACUCCCCAAGCAGUGAUGACACUUGCAAUGGGGCUAUUCCAGACUUCCCUAGCAGUGCACCAAACAUUGGAGGGAUGGAGGAGGAGCAGAGUGCAGCUCUCCUGAUGAAGCUGAGCUGGAAGGAGGUGGACCGGUGUGAGGUGGACAAGGGGAGAGUGAUGGCAGUGGGGGAUGUUGUGUGGGGCAAGAUCCAUGGCUUCCCUUGGUGGCCGGCCAAGGUGAUGGCUAUCCGGGUGUUGCGGGAGAGGAAUGGUGAUGCCCAGUGUCAACAGGCACACGUCAGCUGGUAUGGCUCCUCCACCUCCUCCCUCAUGCCAGCCAACACUCUGCAGCCCUUCCUCCAAAUGUUUAAGAUGCGGUAUAACAAGAAAAAGCGAGGGCCCUACAGGGAGGCCAUCAAACAGGCCACAUCUGAGGCGGAGCAGACCCCUGCCAGUGACCUACAACACCCUGAAGUGGUUGCAGGCGAGCAGCAGCAGCACCAGGCACCAGAGAACCUGCUGGGAGCAUCGCCAAGGGAAGUGGAUGUAGUCAGUUGAGACGAAUGGUGAGGUGAGGUGGUGCAGGAAUGCGGCUGAGCUUUAAAAGGUACUGCUUAUCUUAACAUUAUGGAACAGUUGUCUCCAUUGCAGUGUAGUGAAGGAGCAGCAGCAAGGAAGUGGUGAGCUGCAGUGGUGUUGGUGACCAGUGCCACAGCCAGUCUCUAAGUGAUUAUCAUGUGUUCAGUAAUAUUUACUGGAUUUAUUGUUUAUAAUAUCUAAUUUAAAGAGAAAAUCUGGUGCUGUUGAUAAUGCAGAAAUUUGAUGUUGUACUUAGUUAGGAUGUGAAUAAGAGUGAGGCUGAGAGGGGCAGGUGUGCACAUGCCCAUGAAAAGUGCAUAGGGAAAAGUGACUGUGCAGCCGAGAUGCUGCAAUUAAAAAUUAUUCUCCUUAGUGUAACAUUAUACAGUUUAUAUAAAAAAAUGUAUUCAUAUUACCAUUAGACAAAAUAUGAAAUUGGUGCUUGGAAAUGUCAAAAAAAAAACUUUAAUGGCCAAACUCUUAUCAGAUGUAUUAAGUUAUGUCAUUUCACCACAACAAAAGUCAUGAUGUCACUUACCACUGAGUAAAACUCUCCCCCAAUUCCCUAUGGGGAACCCUUAACUGUCCCUUACAUCAGUCUGCCACCCUGCCACCCAUUGUUGCCUUGCACCUUCAGGCGUGGGGUCAGUGGAGGUGUCAUUAAAUACUAUGUGAGCUUGCCUGUUGAUAAGCAAAAUCUAACCAGUUCAGAUGUGCAUGUGCAGCCCACAAAAAUUAUGCUUUGCCCCAUUUCUUAUUAAUAAAGUGUGAUUUGAAAACCAAAGCACAAGAAAAAGAAAGGGCAUUUGCAUUUGCACUUGUGAUAUUGUGAUCAGUGUUAGGAGUUGAUGGAGAGGCAGCUUAGUAGAUGGGACUCUUGCUACCAUUUGUUAUAAUGGUGUGACUGUACCACAGGUUCACACAUAUCUUGCACCAGUUUUACUGCUGUUUGGACUGUCAUUGGGGCAGAUGCUUCUUGUUUUGUUUGUCUUUCAGUAAGUAAGAAUACUUAUGUUUCUCUCUCUCUCUCUCUCUCUCUCUCUCUCUCUCUCUCUCUCUCUCUCUCUCUCUCUCUCUCUCUCUCUCUCUCUCUCUCUCUCUCUCUCUCUCUCUCUCUCUCUCUCUCUCUCUCUCUCUCUCUCUCUCUCUCUCUCUCUGUGGUAUUUCCAUAUCAUGUGGUCAUCCAUUCAUACAGACACAUUAUUUCAGUAUUCUUGUUUAUUUUCUGUUACCAUGACAGCACAUUGAAUAUUGUUGACAUAUUUGCAGAAUCCUGCAGUUGAAUAAUGAAUAGUUCAUGGGCCUUCAGGGGCUGUCAACAUUUAUGACAGAUUAUUAAUGUUUACCAUGAUGAAUUAUUGCCAAAAAUCCAUUAUAAGACUGGUGAAGUAUUGAAGAUAAAUCCAUAGCAUUUGACAGCUAGACACACACACACACACACACACACACACACACACACACACACACACACACACACACACACACACACACACACACACACACACACACACACACACACACACACACACACACACACACACACACACUGUAAACAAUAUAUUCUCAGGUAUGCUUUUGAGUUGGGAAGUACUAUAGGUAAAGAUUGACUCAGUAAGGGAAUAUAUUUUCAUAAUUAAAAUUUUUUGGAUUUUCAAGAAUAAACCAUAUUAGCUUAAAAACUUAAAGGGAUUCAAAGCAUGAAAAGAUGUGAAAUGAUUGACAUGAAACAUGCAAAAUUUAUAAUGAAUUUGAAGUGUUUUGUCAGUAACUCUUUAAUGAAGACUUGUCAUGCAGAAGCUAUUCAAGAAAUGCUACAGAUAAGGAGACACUGAUUGUAUUUUCAUGUGAUUCAGUUUCAUCUGAGCCAAAGAAGAAAGUUUGUAUAAAUGUUUUUUUUUUUAAGAUUUUGUUAUAUUGUUUUUGAAAUGUCAUUGUAAUUGCAUUUUUGUGUAAUAGGUAAAGUUUUAUGAAUUUCACAUGUUUACAUUUAUGAAUUGUUUUUGGUGUUUUGAGCGGUCUGCUCUUUGUAUUGUGCCAGCCCACCUCUUUGGGAGGCAGCCAGUUGUACAAUGUAUGAAUUGAUUUUCUUGUUGGUAACACCAUCUUUCUAGAAAUCGCAUCUCUGUAAUGUAUCCCAAGUUUGUCUCCAUAUUAUCAGAUGUGCGUUAGAAAAUAUAUAGAGACUUUUAAUGACAGCAGAGUCAAUAAUGAUAGCUACAUAAAAGAAGACUCAUUAUACAUGUAUCAGAUGGUCAUAACCAGUGUGUAAUAUUUACUCAUGGCUCAUUGCUUGGUGCCAGGUGAUUCUGUCUCUUGUUAGUCAGUCUGGCAUUUCUGUACCUAAACUUAUAGCAUAAUGUGAUCCUUGUAAAUACUAGGAGUGUACGUCCCCAUUAGUGUGUGUGAAUGAGUGGAGGGAGAGGCGCCUGAAUCUCUCACUGUGCAUGCCAAACUUUCCCCUACAGAGAGCUUGACUGCUCCUCAUGUGAUUGUGUGAACCGGCGCAGCAAUGCUGGUGUCGGGCUGCAGCUGCAUUACGCGUGUCAACAUUUCACUUGUUCUUUGGGGUUACAACUCUAAGGCUGUAAUGGUUUUUGUGUUUUAAUACUGUGGAAUCUAGAGCAGGAGUGUUGUAUAGUUUGGAUUCACAAUGCAAGGGUAGAUGUAUAGUCAGAUACAAGCAGUGAUGAUGGAAGGAAGCACAGCUGAAUGAACCGCUGUGUGUCGUGUUGGUGGCGUGAAGUAUGAGGAACCGAACAAUUUGUGUAGAAUUAACAGCCAUUUAGAUUUGUACAUUGUAGCCAAAUGUUAUAUAGGAUCUUCCAUAUUUUUUUUAGUAUUGUAAAUAUGUCACUUUUUCACAUUAUUGUUGUAUACAUAUCAUAUAUAUUGUUUGUCCCAUUCUCCUAAAGACUAAGGUAGACUUCCUCCCCAUUCAUAUGUCAUUAUUUUCAGCUGACAAAACUUUGCAAGAUAUAAACAGUGAUGUAACAAGCAGGGUAUUAAUGCUAUAGACCUCAUUGUUGACAUACAAGCCCGGUGUGGCUCCUGGCCUGAGUGUUAGUGCCCCUGUGCCCCUGUCACUCCCUGCUUCCUCUCCCUGCUUCCCCUCAGCCUCCCUUGAUGCUCCUCUGGGGUGAAGACUGGCCUCGUAGACUUGAGUAAUAAACUGUUUUAGCGUUUUCUAGUUGUGCUUUAGGUAAUGAUACAUGGCGUGUUGCUUCACUCAAGGCAUCCACGGUGAUGAUAGAUUCUUGUCAGCAUUGUGGAUGUGCUCUAUAACCAUCACCAGGUCUACUGCUCUGGCCACGCACUCCUCCCUCUUCACUGACCCCCAUCCCCAGCUACCCGAGGACCCACCCAACCAAUCCACCCCCAGAGUAUAAAUGAGAGUAACGCAUGUCUCCUUGGCACCACAGAAUGUCCCUUCCAUAUAUAUAUUCAAGCAAAUUUCCAAGUAUUUUUGUAUAGUUUUAAUACAGAAUCUCUCACAGCUGGGUUGCCAGGAGGCUGUGAGAUAUUGACAGGCCUGACUCAUUAAGGCAGGGUUAUCAUAGUCAUGCUUUACUAUUUCCUGGACACAAGCGCUUUGGUAGUUGGGAUGGCUGUCGUCGUAAAGGCUUUCUUGCUAAAUAUUUUCUAUCAUCUUGUGCUUGAAAAGUGUUCAUUGAUUGCAAGGAGAGACUCAAUUAUGUUUCUGUUCUGUCAUUUCAUCAUUAUGUAUUUUUUUAGUAAGCUUUUAUCAUUUGCAUCCACAUUUAUUUCUCUGACUUGCUGGAACAUUGGGGAUAAUUUUCUGAUUUCAAUUCUGUGAAGUGUUAAAAGCAUGACUUGUGUAAGUAGUAAUGAGGAAUCAGUUUGCAAGGAAGCAGCUUAAAUGUUAACAGUGUGCAUUCAUUAUGUUCGUAUUAAGGAAUUCUCAGGUUUUUUGGGGAAGGGAACAACCAAAGAAUGGACCGGUUUAUUGACUAAGACUCUGGUGUUAAAUUAUAGAUACAUAACAUAUUAGCUGCAGAAUGAGGCGGUAAAUAGUUUUAUGUUUGUAUGUGAACAUUUCCAAUGGUGGAAACCUUUUGCAUUUCUCACAGAAGCACUCAUGAAUGACUCUCCAGCACACAUCUCUUCUUUGUCAUUGUAACAUUUAAUAGAGAAUAUAUAUUUUUAAUACUGUACUACUCAUAACUUUGUUUUCUAUCAUAUACUGCACACAACCAUUUCAGAGUCUAAAUACUAGUAGCAGUUUAGUAUUGUUUUAGUUUGAAGGCUGUUGAUAUUUAACAGUGACUCAUUUACCAGGAGUGUUAUGUAAUGCCGGAUGUUCUACUUCAACUUGCUUUUCAUGGAAGAAGCAGAAUGAUUUUUUUCUUUGUUAUGGGUGACGGAGGAGGCUUAAGUACUAAGGAAGAGCCACUAUAUUAUUUUUGCAUGAAAACCUUCAUAAUUAUUUUUGUGUAAAUAUAUAUAUGACUAUUAUAGUUCUCAAUACAGUCUGGUUUUACUUUGAUAUCGUGUGUCUGUGUUAUUUGUUUGGUGAGUUCAGUGACGUGUGAUCACAUCUACACAUCUGAUGGAUCUGUUAAAACCGUGACUGACAUGCAGUAGUGCAAUAGUGUGACUGACAGGAACACGGUGAGCAGCAGUCUGUUACUACUUGAUUGGUGCUGACACGAUUGUGAUAGCGACAGGAAGUACAGUGAAAAUUGUGUCAGGUGUUCGAUGGCUUCUUAACUUUUUGGACCAGAAAAUUAUACAUGUACCUGUACUUGUAUAUUCAUUUACUCAUCAUCCCUGAUCUAAAAGUUCUUGAUGAUUUUAUCAAGUUAAAAUGUUAGGAUUAUGGAUUGUAUUCUCAAACAUUUGGGUGCCUUAUGUUAACUACCUUUAGCAGGCUCCAGUGGAAGUUGUUCUGAACUUUCAAGGUUGUUUUCAUGAUUCUCGUGAUUUAACAGGGAUUAACCUCUAUCAAUGAGAAAAAGCACCCUUGAGAACCAGACAAUCACCUCUGCAGCCUUUGAAAAUAGCUGCUAUGAGAGCCUAAGUGUUUGAAAAUAUGAGUCAGUGUCCUCGGUCUCUUUUCUCCAGUGUAAAGACUCGGAAUGUUAUGGUGCAGUUUUGAACCUUACUUAGGAUGCGGCAGUGUUGGCGUACAAUCCUCCCUGCCCACCAUACUGCCAGUGAAGGCUGUCUCCUUGAUACAUGCAUACAUACAGUGUUAAAUCAGUUUUAAAGCCUCAAAUAUUACAUGUCCACAAGGCCCAAUUAUUGUGUCUGAAUUCUCCAUGUUUUGUGUAUCAUUGUAUUGCCAGGUCAUGUUAAUCAAUGUUCUUUGUAGCUGAUCAAUAGUCCUGCCCCAUCUGUCUCCCCUCAACUCUCAGAGAAGUCAAGAGUUGGCCGGGUUGUUGUGCCUCAUUGCAGCACGGGAUAGGUCAUGUCUUCCAGUCUCUUUGCUCUUCCUCAUAAACACCCUGUUAGGAGGUUGUGGAGCAGACAGGCACUGGCAGGAAAGGCAAUGUUAUGUUUUUAUAUAUUACUUUUUAUCAAGACUUGCAAGUGGUAGUGGUGUGAUGGUCCAUAGGUCAUGGUUCAGGUGUGAGCUGAGGUGAUGGUGGAUGAGCAGGAUUUGGAAUGUGGCCUCUAUGUUAAUCAGGACAAUUUUAAGUUACUGAUAUUCAGACCAAAGAAGAAUGUUGGAGUCAUGUGUUCGACUAAUGUGAUUUUGUGUAAAUAGUAUAUAUUUCUUGGGACAUGAAGUAUGUAGAUGCCAGACUAGUUUUUAUUUUAUAUAUCUUUGAAGAUUUGACACUUCAAACAUUACGACAAUGUACUUACUUAUGAUGACAAAAUUUUCCUUUCUAACUGUAAUACGCUCCAUCCAUUUCAUAUUCUAAAGAAAAUAUUCAUAAACAUAUAUUAAGUAGUAAUGAGUAUUGUCCUUGUAAAUUCCUUAAACCACUGUUAUGUCUUUGUUGAUUAAAACCAGUUCCUGCUCAGGCCGACAGCCACUGGUGCUCCUGUACAGGAGUCACCAAGUUAGUUGUGAUGACUGGCUGGUUCAGUCAUGCUGGUGCAGUGUUCAGCUUGGUUCAUUCCACCACAUUGAAUAUUAUGCAAAACAAAACAUAUACUCCAUUACUGAUAUCCCACUUCAUCCCAGCAUCCUCAGGCAACAGUUUUGGAUUACCUGAAGACCAGCCAGCCCAGCUGUUUCAGGGGCUGGCUACGAUAGGUUAGGUUACCCAUGAUCUAACAUCUUGACGCAAUGUAAACCAAUCGUCACGUGAUCCAUGUUUUCCUUUCCAUUGCACAAUGUAUCAGGAGCAAUUCAGGUUGUUCUUCUUUCUUCAGGACCUUGAGUGGUAUGGGUGGAGAUGGGUGGUGGUGUGAUGGUGAAGUUGGGUGGCAGGGCAGUCAAGGUUGACCAAUAUCCACUCAAGCCUCAAUCACUUGACUCAAGUCUUGUAUUAACCAAGAGCCUUCCUUUUAACACUUUCUCUUGCAUCACAGUGUUACUCCCUUUACAAUACCUCCUGAUAUAACACAGAACCAUGUGACUCCAGUGAUUUGAUCCCUUAUCUCUUUUCUUUCCCAGUAAUGCCAAAUGACCUAUUUUAUUCCAGCACACACUCAUGCCCUAUGGUACUUCAAUCUGUUCAUGUCUGGCAUUUCUUCCUCACCUUUCGACACAAGUGGAUAUUCUUUGGUCUUGACUGCCCUGCCAUUGCACACAGGAGGUGAGAGACUGUGUUGAGUGGAGGUGAAGCCUUUGUUUAUCCUUGAGGCUUUGUGUUGGCAUCCCCAGGCAGCGGUGGUUAGGGGAGGUUGAUGUGAAGGUGUUUAUUAAAAAACAUUGGCUUCCUCUCACAUUACUUCACAUUUUUUGCCUGCAGGAAAGGAAAUUGUAUAUCACGCUUGAAUGUGUGUGUGUGUGUGUGUGUGUGUGUGUGUGUGUGUGUGUGAGAGAGAGAGAGAGAGAGAGAGAGAGAGAGAGAGAGAGAGAGAGAAGAUGUAUAUGUGUGAGUUGUGAGGAUAAGUGUGAAAGUUCUCCACCUCUAUACCUGUCACUCAUUACAGCAUAUUCAGGAAUUUAUCAAGGCUUUGGGGAAUGUCAUUUACUGAAAUAUAAACUUCAAAACACUGGAGAGAAAGCUGCUACUCCUCAGUCAUUCAAUAAAAAAUCAAUAAAAUUGUAUCAAGAAUUAA